AUGGGGGGCGCCUACAUCGGACAUACUUCCGCGGCUGCGGGCCUCUCGUCCCAGGCCAUCGACGUCGACGACAAAACCACCAUCCACUUUUGGGACCCAAAAUCACCCGAUCCCACCAAUCCAAAACCACCUCUUGUUUUACUCCACGUCUUCGGCCCUGACACCCACUGGCAAUGGCACCCGCAGGUGGCAUUUUUUGCCCGAGAAUUCGCACUUUACAUACCCAACCUCUUGUUUUUGGGCAAUUCCACUGCUAAGUACGCGGAGAAGUCAGAGAUGUUCCAGGCGGUUUCGUGGGUUGCCAACAAUCAAUCCACUGGGCCAUACAUGGAGACAACUCCGACACAGGGACACUACCUAGGACACCACAUAGAACUAAAGUUCAUGGGAGAGGCAUGCCCGGGAAGCAAAACCAGAAGCCUUGGAUUUGCUCAUGUUGCAAAAUUGCGGUUCUUAACUGAUCUAUAG